UCCGAAAUUCGACGAUUUUUUAACCAAUGUGGCUUGUCGAAAAUUUCUCAAGAGGUUGUUGAUACUUACUUGCCUCUGGAACAGCUCUUCCUUCGAGAAAUGGCUAUCUUAAUGGAUGAGCUGGAUGAGAGUUCAAAGACCUUCCGAUUGGUUGAUGACAUCUUCUUUGUGGUGAAAAAAUGCCUAGGUCGUGCCAUAUCCUCCGGUAGCGCGGAUGCUGUAUGCGCAAUGUUCAAUCAUACAAACGCCGUGCUUUCCGACCAACUAAUCGAUGAGACCUUAAUGGUGCGAACAAAGAGCGUCACAUCAUCAGGUUGGAUUCAACAAGCCUACCACUUGGUCCACAAACGAGCUGGGAGUGGUACGCUAGCGACCGGGCUAUUGGGCUCAGCAAGCACUGAAAAUGUGACCAACGGAUCCUCUAAUGCCAAUCAAGUGGAUGCACAAACUCAGUUUAUCUAUGCCCUUAACUCUGUGGAAGCGUGUCUAAGUUGUUUGGCAAUACUCCGUAACACCCUCGAGCAAUAUAUCAAAGAGAUUUAUGGUUUGCGACGGAAAUCAGACUUAAAUAAGCUACAGGCUUGUCUCGCAGAUCUGGCCGAGUCUUUGGCUCAAACCUUCCAAACUCUCCUAGACAGCGGUUUUGACAAACUUCGAAGUUUAAUCCGGCCUCAAGUGAACUCACUCACGCAAUCCUUCAACUUAGUGAAGCGUGAUUUGACGGAGGAGGAAUUCGAGCAGUAUGCGGUGAAUGAUCCCUGGGUGGAGUCACUGAUUGUGGGAUUGCAGGGCCUACUGAAGUCUUUCCACGUGAGUUAA